GUUUGGUCUCAAUCAUGUAUGCAUCAACUAUCUUCGUGACAAUUUUGGUGUCGAUCUUACACUGCUUCAAUGCAACUUCCACCUCUCAUACCGUGAAUCUGAAAAAUGGAACUAUAAUGGGUAUGACUCUUAAAUCCAGCAGUGGAAGAAAAUUCGCCGCGUUUAGAGGAAUACCUUAUGCUCUUCCUCCCAUUGGUCCCUGGCGAUUCGAGCCACCGCAGCCCUCUCCAGCCUGGACCCAAAUUCGCUACACAAAAUUCGAUGGAAAGAAAUGCAUCCACCAAAACGUGUACUUCCGCAAAGAUUAUAUAAUAGGAGACGAGGAUUGUCUGUAUUUGAACAUCUACACCCCGAAAAUGAACUAUGAAAUUGAAGGACCGAAUCAGAAGUACCCAGUGAUGGUUUGGUUUCACGGAGGUUCAUGGUCUACUGGAUCCGGGCACUCUUUGCACUAUGGUCCAGAAUUCCUUCUGAAUCAUGAUUUAGUUCUUAUUACACUAAAUUAUAGAAUUGGACCUUUCGGCUUCUUGAGCACAGGAGAUACGGUUAUUCCGGGUAAUAUGGGCUUGAAGGAUCAAGUCCAUGCAUUGAAAUGGCUGCAAGAGAAUAUCGAGAUAUUUGGAGGUGACCCAAAGAGUGUUACCAUAUUUGGAAAUGGGGUGGGAGCCGCUAGUGUUCAUUAUCUGAUGCUCAGUCCUCUGGCUAAAGGCCUUUUCCAUCGUGCGAUUUCGCAGAGUGGAACAGUGAAAAAUCCAUGGGCAUUUAACACCGAAAAAAUGGCCAUGAAAACAACCAGAAGAUUCGCACGAGAUCUAAAGUGUCCUGUUGGAGAUUCAGAAAAGAUGCUCCAAUGCUUGCGGAAAAUAGAUGCUAAAAAAAUGGCCGGUGUUGAGCUAGAAUGGCCGGUGUUCGAUUUGGAUCCUAUUAUGCCGUUCAGACCAGUUGUCGAGCCUCCUCAUGAUGGUGCUUUUCUAACUGAAGAGCCUCUCGCAAUGGAAAAUCUAAAAAAUAGAUCUGAUGUACCAUGGAUGGUGGGAACUAAUUCGCACGAAGGAAUCUUCAGAGUUGGCUCCAUUUAUGGACAGACGAAAUCUGGAUUGGUAGAAAAAUUGGACACUAAGUUCGUUGAGUAUGCACCUAUAACUCUGGGAUUUGAUAAUAAUUGUCCGAAACCUGUGCAUGGAAAAAUCGCUAAGCUAAUUCGAUCAUUUUAUUUGGGUGGUAAAAAUAAGAAGAUCGAUGAAGCUGCAAAACUCGCUGUCACUAAUAUGUACUCUGAUGCAUUAUUUAACAUCGCCAGCCACAAGGCAAUACAGAAACAUUUUCAAAUGGCUUCUGCUCCAAUAUACCAUUACCACUUGACGCAUAAAAGUGAGGUUUCCUACACGAAAUUCUACGGAGAUUAUAGGUCUACUUAUGGAGUAGCACAUCAUGACGAAAUUCAGUACCUCUUCCCAGUUCACGAGCAUUUAUUCCCUAUAGCUCGUUUCACAGAUGACGAGUUGAAAAUGGUGGAAAUUAUUACGACAAUGUGGUUCAAUUUUGCCAAAACCGGGAAUCCUGUCAAGCCCGAAAAACGACCCCUACUGGAUGUCAGUUGGGAACCGGUGUCAAGUGAGCACCUCGAAUAUUUGUUGAUUGGAGGUCCGAAGAAUCUAUCGAUGUCUAAAGAUCUGUUCAAGGAUAGGAUUCAAUUCUGGGAGAAAUUACCUUGCCGGGCUGGAAUCGCCCCUUCACGACUUUUUGUUUCGGUUCAAGAUGAAUUGUAGAAUAUUAAAUAUAUAUAUCGACUCAAACACCCGACAUACUUUUAAAGAAUGAAAGCCUUCACGAAGAAAGGAGGUGGAGAAAAAUUACUAGACAAGUCAAGUAAUCGUGUAACGAAAUCUAUUUUUAGGUAGUUUAUACCCUAUAUUGGGAAAAAAAGUGCAAGAUAGGUAGGAAAUUUUUCUCCGCUGGCUCCAAAAAAAUUACUAAACGUGAGGGGAAUUUCUGCCGAAGUUGUAAAGUUUGCCCUUUAUCCUAUCAAAAAAUUUCCCAGUGAACUGAAUAAUUUCUCAAUAUUGCGUAAUGAUUCACCUAUGUGGAGGAGUUUUACAGUAAAGGAAAAUGGGUUUCAUGUCAUUAGGCCAGAAAAAACCGCGAUUCUAACCUCGCCUCGCGGUUUUCCGGCCCAAUGAUAUAAAGUAUCGUAUGUCACACGGCGAUAAAAGUA